AUGAACACACAGCUCCCAGAAGACUUGAUUAAUGCCGUCUUGGCCAAAUCUGCGAAAUUACCCGAAAAUACUCCGGUGGUCAAGGGAUACGAUUUCGACAAUGGAAUCGAUCUCACGGGUAUUCUUGAGUCCUACGCUACGAUGGGAUUCCAGGCAACAAACAUGUCUGCGGCCAUCGAUGAAAUCAAUCGCAUGCUUCACUGGAGACUUUCUGACGACACUCCCUUGCCGAAUGAGCCUGACGAGUGGAGCGACCCUGAAUUCCGAAAGAACAAGAAGUGCACGAUCUUCUUUUCGUACACCAGCAACAUGAUGAGCUGCGGUAUGCGAGAGAUCAUUCACUACUUGGUGAAGCACCAUUUGGUGGAUGUGGUUGUCACGACGUGCGGAGGAAUCGAGGAGGACUUCAUCAAAUGCAUGAGCAAGUUCUACAUCGGCAAGUUCGAUCUGGACGGCCGUGACCUCCGUCUGAAGGGCCUGAACCGCACUGGAAACCUCAUUGUUCCCAACGACGACUACUGCGACUUCGAAGACUGGAUCAUGCCGAUCCUCGAUUACAUGCUUGAGAAGCAGAAAAAGGAAGGCGAGAUCUGGACGCCUUCGAAGAUGAUCAAGCUGCUGGGCGAGCGCAUCGAGAACGAGGAGUCUGUGUACUACUGGUGUUCGAAGAACAAUAUUCCUGUGUUCUGCCCCGCGAUUACCGACGGUAGCAUCGGCGACAUGCUGUUCUUCCACUCGUACAUGAACCCCGGCCUGGUGAUCGACGUGGUGCAGGACAUCGUGGCGAUCAACUCGAUCGCGAAGCACGCGCCGAAGACCGGAAUGAUCAUCAUUGGAGGCGGUGUGGUCAAGCACCACGUCGCCAACGCGAAUCUGAUGCGGAACGGCGCGGACUUCUCGGUGUACAUCAACACGGCGCAGGAGUUCGAUGGAAGCGAUGCGGGAGCGAGGCCGGAAGAAGCGAUUUCGUGGGGAAAGAUUCGGAUUAACGCGAAGCCGGUGAAGGUGUAUGCGGAGGCGACGCUGGUGUUCCCGCUGAUUGUGGCGGCGACGUUUGCGAAGUAUGUGGAGGAGGGAAACACGCAUUGAGAGGAUGGAAGGGGUUGAGAGAGGAAAGGAAGAGAUCUUUGUCUUUU